GGUAGCGGCCAUUUUGGUUCAUGGUGGGUGUGUUUGUACGGUUUGUGAGGUGAGAGGCGCUGGAGCUGUGGGUCCGAACCGCGGUGUCUGAACCCAGAAGUUGGAGAAGAGUCCUUCUCGCCGCACAGAGGCGGAUCGUAGGCCCCAUAACGGCGCUCGCCUCUCCCGGCCGUGCUUUCCCCACGUACUCGGAUGGCGGCGGCCGCACUGAGGCUGCCGGCUCAGCAGGGCACUGUGGCAUUUGAAGACGUGGCUGUGAACUUUUCCCAGGAAGAAUGGAGUCUCCUUAGUGAGGUUCAGAGAUGCCUUUACCAUGAUGUGAUGCUGGAGAACUGGGUACUUAUAUCCUCCCUGGGUUAUUGGUGUGGAUCAGAAGAUGAGGAGGCACAUGCUAAGCAGAACAUUUCUAUACAUAGAGUGUCUCAGGUCAACACUCCUAGGGUAGGUGUGUCUCCCAAGAAGGCCCACUCUUGUGAAAUGUGUGGUGCAAUCUUGAGAGACAUUUUGCACUUGACAGAUCAUCAGGGGACACAUCACAAGCAGAAACUGCACAGGUGUGAAGCAUGGGGGAAUAAAUUGUAUGAUAGUUCAAACCAUCAGCACCAGAAUCAGUACCUUGGAGAGAAACCCUAUAGAAGCAGUGCUGAAGAAGCGUUGUUUGUGAAGAGGUGUAAGUUCCAUGUGUCAGAGGAGUCAUCUGUCUUCAUUCAGAGUGGGAAGGACUUUUUGCCCAGCUCAGGAUUACUGCAGCAGGAGGCCACUCCCACUGGGGAGAAGUCAAACAGCAAACCUGAGUAUGAGUCUCCCUUUCAGGGGGGAAAUACUCAUUGCAGCUGUGGAGAAUGCAUGAAACAUUUUGGCACCAAACACAUACUUGUUCAACAGCAGAGACUUCUCCCUAGAGAAGAAUGUUAUUGCUGCGAAUGUGGGAAAUCCUUUAUCAAAUAUGAUAGCUUCAGUAAUCAUCAGAGAGUUCACACUGGGAAAAGACCUUAUGAAUGUGGAGAAUGCGGGAAAUCUUUUAGUCAUAAGGGCAGCCUUGUUCAGCAUCAGCGAGUUCAUACUGGAGAAAGACCUUAUGAGUGCGGAGAAUGUGGGAAAUCUUUUAGUCAAAAUGGUACCCUCAUUAAACAUCAACGAGUUCACACUGGAGAAAGACCUUACGAGUGUGAAGAAUGUGGGAAAUGUUUUACUCAGAAGGGCAAUCUGAUUCAACAUCAACGAGGUCACACUAGUGAAAGACCUUAUGAGUGUGAAGAAUGUGGAAAAUGUUUUAGUCAAAAGGGCACCCUCACUGAACAUCAUCGAGUUCACACUAGAGAAAGACCUUAUGAGUGUGGAGAAUGUGGGAAAUCUUUUAGUCGAAAGGGACACCUUAGGAACCAUCAGCGAGGUCACACUGGAGAAAGACCUUAUGAGUGUGGAGAAUGUGGGAAAUCUUUUAGUCGAAAGGGCAACCUCAUUCAGCAUCAGCGAAGCCACACUGGAGAAAGGCCUUACGAGUGUAGGGAGUGUAGGAAAUUAUUUAGGGGCAAGUCCCACCUCACUGAACACCAGAGAGUUCACACUGGAGAAAGGCCAUAUGAAUGUAAUGAAUGUGGGAAAUCAUUUCUAGACAGCUCUGGGUUUCGUGUUCAUCAGAGAGUUCACACUGGAGAAAAACCAUUUGAGUGCAGUGAAUGUGGGAAAUCAUUUCCUCAAAGCUGUUCCCUCCUUCGACAUCGGAGAGUUCAUACUGGAGAAAGGCCUUAUGAGUGUGGAGAAUGUGGAAAGUCAUUUCAUCAGAGCUCUUCCCUCCUUCGACAUCAGAAAAUUCAUACUGCAGAAAGACCUUAUGAGUGCAGAGAAUGUGGGAAAUUCUUCUUCAGUCUCCUUGAACACAGGAGAGUUCACACUGGAGAAAGGCCUUAUGAAUGCAGUGAAUGUGGAAAAACAUUUACUCGAAGAUCUGCGCAUUUUAAACAUCUGAGACUUCAUACUCGAGGAAAGCCUUAUGAGUGCAGCGAAUGUGGGAAAUCCUUUGCUGAAACGUUCAGUCUUACUGAACACAGGAGAGUUCACACUGGAGAAAGGCCUUAUGAGUGCAGUGAAUGCGGAAAAUCAUUUCAUCGAAGCUCUUCUCUCCUUCGACAUCAGAGAGUUCACACAGAAAAAAGUCCUUACAAGUGAAAGAAAUUUGGGAAAUCUUUAGCUAAAUCUCUGUGCAUCCUCUUGAUCAGAGGGUUCUUACUGGAUCAGGACCUCCUGAGUGUGACAAACGUGGGAUAUUUUUUAUGCAGAAGUCUUGCUUUAUUACAUACAGAAGAGCUUCCACUGCAGAAGUGCCUCUUGAGUGCGACGAAUGUGAGAAAGCCUUCUGCCUUCUCUCAUUGGAUAGCAGAUUGUUCUCUUAAGGAAACACUGUACACAUACAGGAAAUACUACUUGUAAAACAUAACACUGGAGGAGAUGCCUUAUGAGGGAGCCAUCUGCCUAAAUUGAAUGACAUACAUACAGCAUCUGCAUAAACUCGAUUAUGUUAGAGCUGCGUGGCAUUUUUCACCCUGCCGUGUUCCCUUGCCAGACUUAUGUGACUGCCAGUUAUCUGGCAACCAUUCUAUGUCGGCCACGAGGCAGGUGUUCACUGUGCAUCUUUCACUCACCCCGUGAUGUUCCGGAAGUAAACCUUGGUUGUCUUUCAUUGGCCAGAGGAAUUGGAUCUCAAGGGCAUUUCCCUUUGCCCACCUCACCUUUUCAUAUUUGGCAUUUGCCUCCAGCCCAAGAUUAUAGAUAUGAACUGAUUAUGAUCUGCAUGUUCCGUCAUUGAGUUGAAGUGUAUCCUUACAGAAGAGCCACCGUGGAAGUCGUGGGGCACAGUGACUUUUGAAGACGUGGCUGUGAAAUUUACCCGGGAGGAAUGGAAUCUCCUUAGUGAGGCUCAGAGAUGCCUGUACCGUGAUGUGACCCUGGAGAACCUGGCACUUAUAUCCUCCCUGGGUAAGUUGCUCACACUCACCCUGUGACCCCAGCUAGUCUCUGUUUUCCCCCCUCUUUCCCCAUUGGCAAGACUUUCUCAUGUCAGGAGCGUGGACACAGCUUCCUGCUUCAGUUCUGUGGGUAGGUUCUUGGUUGGUAGGACUGAGGUGUCCAUACUGCUCUGCUCCUUUCUUGGAGCAGCCCCAACACCUGCUUUACUGCAGGCUCCCAGGGAGGGAUUCAUAGUCAGAAGACCACCUUGUUAGUCCUGUGGAUGUUUGGGUGUCCUUGUCCAGAUUUCAGGUUCCUGUGUACCCAGAGUCUACUUCCUUUCUCUAGCUGCUGUUUUCUUAUGCCUUCCUGUGGUGGGAAUUGCCUUCACAGACCACAUCACUGCCUACAUAGACCAGAGGCUGUUCUUGUAAGACCUUGUUUAGAAAGUCUCCUUGAAAUACUCAGUUUUUUUCUCUCGUGGGCUUUCAUGGGCUGAGUUGUUCUGAGACAAUGUUGGCUGUUCCCUUGUUCUGUCUUUCCCUUAGUCUGUACGUUAUUCAUUUCCCAUGUACUUGAUCAUCAUUGUGAUGGGAUGCACAGUCCUCCCUGCUCCAGAAGAUGCAAAUGAAUUCAGCCUCAGCAUAAUGGGCUCAGAAGGAAUGAGUCCCUCAGGACUGGCACCCUGGGCUGGUCGAGGUGGCUCAUGCCUGUAAUCCCAGCACUUUGGGAGGCCCAGGCAGGUGGAUCAUGAG